GUGUUUUCUCUAUUUUAGUAUAUCAUCCGACUGGUUUGAUCACUCACUCUCACGAUCGAGUCAUUGGGGCGCAGUGGCUUCUUUGCUGUUUGACUAAGCCAAUUAAGACAGCUACGGCCCUUCAUCGUGGAUCGGCAGGAGGCUAACACCGGUUGAAGACUCUCUCCUUGGUCACAAGACGAUAAGGUAAGUUAUCACGAAUUAUCUUCUCUAAAAACGUAACACCUAUAAACCACCUCAUACAGUGGUUCUCUUAGACUUCGGAUAUAGGGAAGUAAGCUAAGGUAGACGAAUCGAGUUGGCUGAGAAAAAAUAGACUGAAAAAAAAAAUUAACCCACCUUAUAACAGAUUGUUUUGCAUUCGAAUAUUAUAACAGAUAAAGAAAAUGUGCAAAAUCUUAGAAGUACCCAAUAAAUAAUAUUCUCGCACUCGUGACUAGUCGGAGACUGACACUGAGUUUAUCUCUUUUUUUAUGCUUUCUGUUCAUACUGACUGGUCGAACUUUAAAACAUAAUCGUCAAAAAAUUAUUCAAACAGAAUAAAUCACUUAUGGCCAAUUAUGCUACAACUAUACAGAGUUAACGCCGACGCCUUUUUCAAAGUCAGGCGAUAUGUUUGUGCGGUUUGUCAAAGGCUACGAAUACGGGUUAAAGUCUAUCUCCGUCUACUAAUUUCCUAGUUUUCAACUUAACAGAGAAACACGUUUACAGUACAAAGAUUAAUCCUGGCCGUAUUAUCUUUCAAAGGUCAAAACAGCAAAUCGUUGUUUGCGAAAGCAUUAGUCAUUAUAGCACGUGCUAAACUUUUUGCACACUGAAACGGUAAAUUAAAAAUUCAUUUAUUAUUACACACCUCGAACAGCAACAAACGCGGUCAAUUUGUCAGUGCGAUAUAUUAACUCUUGUGAUUUAUGUUUUUAAAAAAAUGCUACGAUUUUUUUAUUUUGUUUAUUUAAUCUUCAUCUUAUGUAGUGAACAACGUGGGUUGUCCCAGAGUUUUCAGAGUUUCUUUAUUGCGCAUGACACGUACCUAUUUCCGGAUUAAUAAAAGAGCAAUUUGGGAAAAGUCAUUUAAUUUUAACCGGCUCAUCAGGAAAGAUUUGAUACUGCGCGCGGAAACUAAUCUAAGCAGCUGACGUAAACGAUUUCGGUUAGUUCUUCACAUCUCGGCUGAUUGUGAUGUAAGCAUUUUGUUCGGUUUAUUUAAUUUUCAGGGGCUUCAGAGCUGCUUUAAAUGGUCUGCAAUGGAGGGAACCCCUUACUUAGUGGAAGACGAUUCAGAGAGUGGACUACCAUCUAGCAAGAAAGAAGUUAGUUACGAUACAUUUGGCUUUUCCGACGAUUCUGUACCAACAGCGGCUAAAAUUAAGGAUGAGCAAGAUUUAAAUUACUUCAGAAACAAGUUGAGUUUAUUGGAAUACUCACUUGAACAGCAAAGAGCCACUUCCAGUUACCUGAGGGAAGAAAGGGAUGAGGCUAUCACUCUUAACAGCUCACUACGACAUGAAGUCGAAGAACUUCGCACUGAGGUACACCGCAAGGGGAAAUCAAGGUCUUCUAAACUUCCGCAAUGUAAAGAAUGUGAAGUCCACAACACAGGUAUUUUAUUUAACAUAAAUUGAGAGAUCUCUUACAUCAUGAUUAGUUAAAGACAUUCACAGAUUUUUUUUUUUUUUUUUAAAUUACUGUUUACUUAUUUUAACGGAGCAAAUUACCAACUGCAAGACAAAGAGGAAGAAAAAAAAGUAAUAAAUUUUGUCUCAUAAGAACUGAGAUGGAUACUCGAUCUAUUUCUUCACGAUUGAAGUGCGUGUUUUUUCUUUUUUUAAAUGUUUAGCAAUGCUCCAAUUUACAAAGAAUAGCGACAUUACAUUUUAAAUUGACUAUCUAUUGGCGCGUGCGUCAGUUUAGAAACUGAUUUGUUACGGGAAAGUGGUAGAAUGCAUAUCUUGGACUUUGAACCUGAACCAAACCGAUAUUUGUUCGUUAAUAGGAAACAAAACACCGGCUUUGAUCUUCCAGUAUAAUAUCAAAGCUAUACUUUACUCUUGAGAAUAAGAAAAAAAAAGCUUUAAAGGAGGAUAAUGGCUUAUAAUUCUUAAAAGUCCUAUAAUUUCCAGACGUUUCGGGCCUGGCCUCGGUUUGCUACUUUGUGCCGUUUGAACUUCAACCGAUGUUAUGGUAACAGUCAAGGAACGUUGGAAUCCUCUUAACUUCAUGGGGCUUUGCACGAAGAUCGGGAAGGUACUCCCCAUAAUGCCAUAUACGAGCAGGCUUCGCCUAAAAGCUCGGGUUCCUUUUUCCGACUCCAGGAAUCAUUCUGUGGGAUAUGAAAGUGCAGGAAUUUCACUAGUUGAAGUAUAUGAAAGAGUAGCGAAAUCUGUCAUUCAUUCAUCAAUUCAAGGGCUAUCAGCUAAACAGACGAGUUUAAUGAAUGUUCCGUUUUGCACAGUUAGACGAUCAAAGUUCUAAACUAUAGGUUUGUGAAAGGGGUAUCAGUUGUCAAUAGAAGGUAUAUAAGGGAGUGCCUAUUCUGUCAAAACUGGAACAUAUAAAGUAGCCCUCCCCCCCCCCCCCCCCCCCGGGGUAGGAGAGCACGAAGCCGCCCUAGUGGGACUUCAUGUUCGUAUACAUUUUAUAGACAAGCUCCCUCCUACUAAAGGUUGGAAUAGAAAUGGUUCGUAGACACUCAUAUUUAGAUUCAUGUCUUGUUGAAAAGCUGAUAAUUGGCUAAGAGUACCGCUGGUGCAAGGAGAAACAUGAGAGUCCGAAGACAUCCUGAAACGAAGAAGCACGUCAGAUAAGCGUUUCUGAUAGCUUGGCCGGAAGGGUCGAAAUCAAUGCAAAAUCGCUCGUAUGGACGCGAAGCUUUGGUGUGGAGAGUGCCUAAUACACUCAACUCCGUUCGGUAUUAAUGAAAAAGCGCAGCGUCUUCGAUCCUCAUUUGAGAUCCCCUUCCUGUGCCAUACUAGAGCAUUUUACGCUUAAGUGGAAUAAAAUAAUCGGAUUGGAAAACUAUGAAGCCUGAUUCUAAGAUGUUUUUUUUGUCAUUAGGACCUUUAAAGGAAGAGCAAACAGUCCUGGAUUGUAUGCUCGGUUUGCCAAGGAAAUGUGUUCGUGGCUUAGUCAAAAGGGCAGGGUUGUUCAUUUGGUGGACAGGUGUUUGGACAAAUGAAGGUGAGGAGCUUUGUAGCUAACAUAAAGCCAAACGAGUUCCUCAGCCCAUAAGGGAAGACAUAUAAGUAAUGAUUGGGUUGCCAAUCUUCCUUAAUCGUGCACAGGGUAUGGGUGCAAAAAAUCAACAAACUGACAAAAAUGCAUUGAAUAUUUGUGCUAAGGGGAAAAUAUAAUGGAUUUUUUGGAUUACACAGCGACGGGGAGAAAAGAAGGAGCCCUUACGGAACAGUAUGGUGCGAUCGUUUUAUGGAUCACUUCUCUGUGCCACUCCUAAGUGACCUAAUACAUUGCAAUUGAGACACAACUGAUGGUUUCAUUUUAGAGUUAAGAGGAUUGUUGCAUUUUAACGAGUGUAAUAAAUUUUUGAAAAAAAAGUGUCUCGUUAGUACACUAAUAUUGAUGAGUGGUAAACUCGAUUUAACCCUUCGAUCUAGGCGGAAAAGAAGUUGAAGUUUUAGCAUAUCAUGUAGCUAUUUGUUAAAAAAGAAACCCAGGGUCAUUCAGGGUGAAUAUCAACCUUCAGUAAAUGCGCACUAAACCUAGAUGGAGAUAUGUUUCGGCAGCCCCGAGCCCGUUUGCCUAACUUGUAACUGUUUGUGAAUACCUUCUAAAUUGGUUUUAUCUCGCCAGUUACGGUUUUUAAACAUGUUACUCCUGUUAUGUUUCAUUUAGAUUAUUUGAUUGUGGUUAUUUCAUUAGUAUACGCGCUUCUAUAAUCUAGCUACAGACUCAGUCAGGGCUGAAUGCACUUCCAUAAUAAGCGCUAAAGAUUUACAAAUUUGCAAUUGGCCUGUCCUCAUUUUAAUAUUGUUUCGUGUCUUGGAAUGCAUUAUGCACGUUUGCUUUAGACAAAAAGCGUUUUUUUAGAAGUUGUUCUAAUGUAAGCCGAGUUGCACUCUAUUGUUGUUGUAUUUUCUUUACAGGUCUCGCAAUGUUGCGAAUUGAAAAUAAGUGGGUGGAGAUGCAGCAAACAAAAAUCGAGUUAGAACAAGAAAAUGCAAAAUUGGUCCAGCAAGUGUACGAUCUACAAAUACAAUUAACGGAGAAAGAAGUAGAAGUUAUAAGAGAAAUUGAACGUAACAAAGAGCUUACAAACAGACUGAUCAAAAGAAAUGGCGUUUCUUGCGACAGGAAUCGUCCGUGCGAGAAAACAGCUAAACACGUUAAUGCUGUGGCGGAUUUUUCUGAGAGUUUAGGUGAAGAAGUUGAAAAAAUAAAAGGAGUAAUGGAUCGAGGGCUUUCUAAGUUCGAAAAAGUUUAUCUUGAAGUUGAUCGUUUAAGUGAAAGCCAGAGGUUACUUGAAAUUGCUGAACGCAACCUCGAUAAAAGAGUACAAGAGCUGGCGGAGUCCAUUACGCAUGACUGUCCACAUUGUAGCGCUGGAUCAUCGCAGGCGCGUGAAGUCACGGGAAUGGAUGAAACCGAUAAGGAGAAAGCUGUUUUGCAACACAAGGCUAACUUAGAAAUAACUUCAGUUCGCGGCGAUGAAAGGAAACCAGCAAAAGCUAUGAAAAUGUUUAAGCGCGCUCUGCCUUCUGUAUAUGGAGUAUUUUGCUGUAGUUGCCGCGCGUUAGUUUUGUUUUUGCUCACAUUUCUAGUCACAGGUGUUCUGUUUCAUUUUCUGUUAGUUUCCAGUAGUUUUAGAUUGCCAUCCUCUCCAGCAGAGGAUUAUUACGGCGUCGAUUUAUUUGCGUUGUGGAGUUAUUUUAUCAAUUGGUUGUUUUAUCUAAUGGUGACUAUUUAACCUUUCAAAUGAUCAUUGGAUAGCUCAUCAGACAACUCAACGCCGGGACUCAACGGAACCCUCUUUGAAGCGUGGUCCAAAAUGCCCGAAGGAG